CGGGCCGGGCACAGCUCGGGAGGGCGGAAGAGGAGGCGGCUCCUCCUUGAAACGGCCGGCCCGGAGCACCCCGAGGGGACACGCUUGGAAGAAAAUGAAAGUAACGCCCUGGAAGGAGCUGCCUGGAAGUGGAGGAGGAGCUGCAGGGGCAGAACCUGCACCAUGAGCAGAAGUGCUCAGACCUCGCUGACUCACCUGCCUCACUUUGCUUCAAGCACUCGAAAUAGGAGAAGGUGGGGAUUGAUUUCCCUCUGUGGCUGGGGUUUCCUGAAAGACCUGAAUUGAUGUUUAUUUUCCUUACAUAACAGGAUUUGUAUCCAGUUUUGUUGUUCACAGUGUCAUGAAAACAGGUUUUUCUUCCUAUAAAGAAUCAAAACAUUUAUAAUAUUUUUUUCCAUUAAGCAGCCAAGAACUGACCAAACGGAUCAGUUUUCACUGAUAUGCUUUAAAGUUGAUCAUCAAAAUAAAUGUUAUUGAUCUAAAAUCAGAUAAUAAGCACUGAGAAAAUAACUGAGGUUAUUUUCUUCCAGUAUGUAUUUCAUACUGUCCACUGAAAGUCAGAUUGAUGCAUAAAAAGAGAAGAUUCCUAUUAGUUAAUUACUGAUUUUGAGAGGAAUCAGUCUAAAAUUCUUCUAUUUAAAUGCUUUAUGUAAAAUUGCUUUGAUCUGUUUUAAGGCCAUUGUGGGUGAAAUGUUCUCCAAAUGCUUCGUUUAAAGGAUGAUUAAUUUCAAAUCAGAUCCUACACAGAAACACGAGGCAGGUGGGCUCUGGAAAAUCAAAUUCCCCUGGAUUCCAGAGUGCUGUUCUGGGGGUUGGAUUUAUUUGCCAAAUCUAAAACAUUUAUGAGCCCUGCGGUGAUAUUUUUGAAGAUAAGGAGUAAUUAACUGCGCUGUGAAAUCAAACCUUCCAUCAUCCUGACUGUGUCUUUGUGUGUGCUCGUGCAGGAUAAAUAUUAUUACUGCAAACAUCAGAAACCACUUGGAAUUCCCACAGUUAGGCACUGGAGUUAUUUUGGCUUAAAGAUGUCUAAAAUAAAUGAUAGAGCACGUGUGGUUUCAAGGAAAUAAAACUACACGAGGGUACAGGCCUGGGGGUCUGGUUUUAAACUGGGUUUUGUGAAGAUUUAUCCAUUGGAAUCUCUAAUCCUGACAUUGGAGCAGCGGCUUCAGCACUGAUUCCACAGGAGUUUGGAAGGACCUGCUGUGGAUUUGUGUGCCUCAAAUCCAAAAAUUACCUGGCCAAUGAUAAAAACAGUCAUGAUUUUGGUCGAUACCAUCUUUAGCACAUAGCUUGGUUUAAGGAAGUUGAUUUUUACCUUCACCCCCCUCCCUGAGAACAAGGAACUGCUCAAACCUUGAAGGAUGAUGAAAUCCUCGCUUCCUUGUCCCACGUGCUCCAGCUCACGCAGCAAGGAAGAUGCUCCAGGAUUCAUGGGACGGAUUCUGAGGGGCGCCAGCAGAUCCCGACCAUGAUCCUGGACCUGGUCAGCGCCUUGUACAUGAGACCCCUGAAAUGGAUUUUCCUGUGGCUGCUGCUGUUUGCCCUGACAACUAUGUGGUACAUAACCUUCUCCUCCAGGGCUGGCCUGGAGAACGUCAACCCUCUGUACUUCUACGAGCACGAGCCCGUGUACCGGCGGCCGCGCCCGUUCACGCUGCGCGAGCGCCCGCGCUGCGCCGACCUCCGCCCCUUCCUGGUCAUCCUGGUGGCUUCCAGCCCCGGGGACCUGAAAGCCAGGCAGGCCAUCAGGAUCACGUGGGGCUCCCGGGAUUCCUGGUGGGGCCAGCACAUCCUCACCCUGUUCCUGCUGGGGCAGGACACGCAGAGGGAGGACAGGGCGGCGACGCUGGCGGUGGAGGACGAGAGCAUCCUCUACGGGGACAUCAUCCGCCAGGAUUUCGUGGACACUUACGACAACCUCACCCUGAAGACCAUCAUGGCGUUCCAGUGGCUCUCCGAGUUCUGCUCCAACGCCAGGUUCUUCAUGAAGACCGACGCCGACGUCUUCAUCAACACUCCCAACCUGGUGAGGUUCCUGCUGCAGCUGAAUUCCUCGGAGAACGUUUUCACCGGCUACCCCCUCAUCGACAACUUCGCCUACAGAGGCUUCAACAGGAAAAGGUACAUCUCCUACCAGGAGUACCCCUUCAAGCUGUACCCUCCCUACUGCAGCGGCCUGGGCUACAUCCUGGAUGGAAAACUGGCUCUGAGGACUUACGAGCUGAUGGGCCACGUCAAACCUCUGAAAUUUGAGGAUGUUUAUGUGGGAAUUUGCGUAAAUAUACUCCAAGUCAACAUCACAAUUCCAGAAGAUGCGGAACAAUUCUUUCUCUAUAAAAUCAACUUCGAUAUCUGCAAGUACAGACAUUUGAUUGCAGUUCAUGGCCUUACGUCAAGCGAACUGGUCCAGUUUUGGCAGGAUUUGUCAUCCAACACUUCAGAAACUUGCCUUUGACGGUGGAUUUAUUUAGAAACUUCAGUUUGCUGUAAGAGUGGCCUCUGGAGAUGACUCUGACUGCGGGGCAGCGUUUCUCUGGGGCAUUCCAGUGCUCUUCAGUGAAAACAGGCACAAAGCACUUUUCCAGGUGUGCAUCCCACACCCAGAGGGUGCCUUGGAAUGCUCUGUCCCCUCUGCCUCUGAGCAGCCCUGGGAUUUCCCCCUGAAUCUUCUGGAAUGCAACAAAUGCCACCGAGGAAAGGCGUUUCUGUCAAGAAAGCAGCUUGGAGGACACGUCCUGAAUUCCUGCCUGGACUGGUUUUAUUGCUUUAUUGCCACUCUCCUUUGUUUGUUCUCAGCGUGGAAUUUAACCCAACCCAACGCUUUUGGUUUUUUUUUUUCUGUGUAACCGUCCUGAGACUGUCACACCUCGUUAUUGAAAUAUGUGACCUCCACAAGGCUUCCAGGAGUGUUCCCAGCCUGGGGAUCCUGUGGGAUCUGCAGGAGCUGGUGAGAAAUGCUGGAAAUGUGAAGCACUUUGUGUGUCCAUAUUAAACUUGGGUGUUUCUGUUGGGUGUUCCCAGACCGGGGAGAUGGAGUGGAGCUCACGAUCAAUUUGGACAUCCCGAAAACAUUGGGAUCAUCAAUCCCCCCACCCCUCUCUGUGUGUGUGUGUGUGUGUGAUGCAUCCCAGGAGUUUUGGAACCCUGUUGUGAUUUAUGCCUGUUUCUAAAUGUGUUUUCUGGUUCCAGUUUUAAAGCUGAAAAAAGGAAGACAUUCCCCCAUUGCUGCUUUAAAGAAGACCCAGCUCCUCCCUGUGUGUAAAGACCGUUUUUUAAUCACUUUAUUCAUAUCAGCAAGGCCCAGUUUUCAGUAGUUUACACUUCUAAUGGACAACGAUACAGAAUUUGCAAUUGCAUGAACAGAAUUAACCUGGACACAUCCACUACACAGGGGAGGGACUAGGGAGACGUCCUGGCCACGCUCCCAGGGCUUCCCAGGGCCAGAGCUCAGGGUGCCCAGAGCUGCAGGAGCAGGGCUGAGGGGUGCCUCCAGCACCCAAGGGACACUGCUGGCUUCUGCUCUGCUCCACAGCUGCUCCUGGGGCUGGGGUGCAAUUUCAGGAGGGGUUUGUGUGGUUUUUUUAGGGAUGAAAAAGUCUUGGGGACAACACUCUCCAGACAAGGGUUUCAGAUGUCAGUGUUCUGAUGGUGAAAAGGUCAAAGCUUUUAAAAAUUAAAGGCUAUUUUUUUAUUUUUUUUGAGGGGGGGGAAUACAGUAUUGCAUAACUGAGGGAAUGAUGCUCUUGUGUUCUGAGAUCCAGGUGAAAUUCCAGCUGUGCUGUGGGUUUAGGAACUGGGGUUUGAUUGUUCUCCGAGCAGGUCCUGGAGAACUGCCUUGUUCUGUGGUUGUUUCACACCUCAAACCCCAAACCCCUCCGUUCUUCUCUCAGCCUGCCGCGUGAAAUGCUUCGAAAUAAAUUAUUUACCACAAGAACACUGAUACUACAGCACAGCUUGUAUUGCUUUUUCCAAAAUAAAAAUGUAAUCAUGA